AUGUCCAAUGUGAGGUCAGACGAUGAUCGAUUCGGCGCGAUCGUCACCGGCGGCGCAUCAGGUAUCGGCGAAGCGACGGCGAGAAAGCUAGCCAGCCAUGGGAUCAACGUUAUAAUUGCCGAUCUCAACGAGGCCCAAGGACAUCAGCUAGCAUCCGAGAUUUCCUCGACCUACGCCGUAGAUGCCCAAUUCACGACUGUGGAUGUUACGAAGGAGGACAAUGUCAAGCAGAUGGUAGAAUUCGCUGUGAAACGGUGGGGACGCCUCGACUACGCCGCCAACUGCGCUGGCGUGUGCAUCGAAACCGCUCGCGAUGAAGAAAGCAGUGUUUCAACAGCCAUAUUCGAUAAAACGUUCCAGAUCAACCAGCGGGGGCUCUGGCUCUCGCAGAAAUAUGAGGCACUUCAGAUGCGAAAACAAGAUCCACGCCCCGUCAAAUAUAAGCCACAUUCGAAGUACCCGAUUGCGUCGCAACGGGGAGCCAUCGUUAAUGUGUCAUCUAUGUCGGGCCUAACCGCCAUGGGUCUAGCAGCCUAUACGCCCAGCAAAUUCGCUGUUCUAGGCAUCACCAAGAACUCAGCCCGGUUCUACGGUCCGCACGGCAUUCGAGUUAAUGCUAUUUGCCCGGGCCUUACUAUGACGCCAAUGCUGGAGAUUACGUAUGGUAAGAACGGAAAGGAAGGCAGCGCCGAGAGCCAGGACAAUGCCGCUCUUUCGUUGAUACCUAUGCGGCGGAUGGCAUUCGCACAGGAGCAGGCGAAUGCUAUCAGCUUCUUGCUCAGCCCGGAGGCUAGUUAUGUCAAUGGAGCACAUCUGGUAGUUGAUGGGGGAUAUACAACUGUACGGUAG